AGUACACAUCCAAGUUCAUCCAACACUUUUGACUUUUGUCAUUUAUUGUGGCCUGACUUGCGUGCGUGAAACUUUAAAGAAAUAUUAUUGUUUCUAAUCUUCCGAUUCGUACUCAUUAUUCUUGGCACGGGAAAGUUAAAAAUCAACUGUUCACCAUGGCGAAGAUGGCAUUUCAACACCAAGCUGGAACGGCUAUGGAGUGUCUAAGUAUACCGAUAACACUCCAAAAAGAAGCUGGCGUUGACUCAGAAGGCAGAGAAGUUAUGAAAUGUGGAUUUAAAAUUGGCGGUGGAAUUGAUCAGGAUUUUCGCAAAAGUCCUCAGGGAUACACUGACAAUGGUAUAUAUGUGACAGAAGUACAUGAAGGAAGUCCUGCUGCAAAAUCUGGUUUAAGGAUGCAUGAUAAAAUACUACAGUGCAAUGGUUACGACUUCACGAUGGUAACCCAUAAAAAAGCGGUUAGUUACAUAAAGAAACACCCAAUUUUAAAUUUGUUAGUAGCAAGGAAAGGUGUCACAUCUACAUAAAACUGUUUGUUCACCAACCAUCUUACUUAUAAACAUUAUAAUGUGUUGCUUAAACUUGUAGGUUUAAUUAUCUUUGGACAACACUUAUUUAAAUGAUAACAUUAUUGUAAAUAAGUUUUGCAGUGAUAAUUUACAGGAAUUAUCUUUAAAGAUAAGAUGAUAGAUAGUUAUAUUGUUGUAUAUGAUUUCUUUUUGUAUUAUGCAUUUCCUUUAUUGUGAGCCAUGUAGCCAUGUUCGAAGAUACUCAAGUUCUUAAUUAAAACAUGUAAGUCAAUCUUUUUUUUUAUAAACAAAAGAUUGUACUGUUUGUAGGACAGUGUUAUACUGAUAUUAAUGAAAUAAUUUAUUUGUGUUUGAUUAUUAAAAAAACUUUCUAACAAGCUAGGUAUGAUUAUGAUAUAGAAUGUUUCUACAGUCUUAUCCAUGACUUGAUGUAUGACUUCACUUGUUUGUCCAAGUAUAUUUCCGAUAUGUAGAAAACAGAUUCAGGUUUUAUUUUCUUGUUUAAUGUACCAUAAAAAGGUUGGCAUAUAAACAUGUGGAUACAUUGUUUUCUUCCCGGCAUGUUUGUUUAUUCCAUGGCAGUCCAACAUGUUCUUAAAAAAAUAAAGGCCUCAAAUGAAAUUAUUAACUUGUAACAAAAAACAUAAAGUUUAUAAGUAAAUUGGUCUAUUGUUUUAAAUAUUGAGUUAAGGGUGAUAAGAGCACUGAAUUAGUAUUAUAUGACAAGUGAUUAUUAUAAUGUUAUUUAUUUUUUUAUGUAAGAUUUAGUUGUAGAGUAUUUUGUAUUACUUUUAAACAUGCAACUUGUAAAACUGUCCUAUAUAGUACAGCGAAUUACUAAGAGGCAUUUCAGAGUAUUUAUAUUAAUGAGUUACCAAUGACAUAUUUUUAUACAAAUAAAACUUGCAUUUACAUCAGCAGUUGUCCAUUUAUACAAAAUUUAAUGAAAUCAAGUAUUUGUCUCGGAAAAGUUACUUAGUUAAGUAUUUAUUAGUGGUUACAUUUGAAUUUGAUGUAUAAAAUUUAUGAAUUGGUUAUUUUGAUACUACCUGCUUUACUUGCAAAUAUUUAUAAAUAUGUAGUUACCAGUAAAUAAUAAUAUAUUCUCAUCCCCCUGUAACAUUUAUAUGAAGUAAACACUUGAAAAAAUUAAGUGUUUCGUAAGUAAGAUUUGUAUACUCCACCAUGUCACUCACCACUUUAAACAAUUUUGUUGGUAAAGCAGUUUUAGUAUGUUUAACCUUAAAUUGUUAUGGCUCAGUUAUUUCAUAUUCAUUAAUAGAUUUAAUUAAAUGUUACAAACAUUUGUACUACUUAAUGGUUUACACUGUGCCAAAUAACACUGCUACAUCUAUUAAAUUUUUUAUAUUUCAUUGAACUGAAUCAUGUUAGUUAUAAUAAAAUGAAAUAAACUAUG